GCGGGCAUUGUGAAGCUGUAGUUGAGUGUUAGCAGGCUAACUAGAGAAAGAAAGCUAACUAACCGUGAGAGUGGAAGUAGAGCCAACCUUAAAUGAGCAGGCAACUGUCAAAACUGCAAAGGGAACAUACAUUUUUAGUGAAGUGAUAUUUCUGUUGGAUGACUGGCUAGGUAAUCCAAGAGCGUGUUGUCAGAUGCCCAAGGAGAUUUUUUGGAUACUACACCGAUUGUCCCAUUUCCAAACGGAAACCAUUUCUGGACAGACAGUUCGUGCUAGCUAGCUCAGUGAACCAACCAGGAGACGUUUCAUUGUCACCUAAAACAAUCCAAACUGAAUGUUUUGUCUGUCAUGAGUCCGGCCGGGUGCUCCCAUGUGAACGCUUAUAAGGUGGAUAAUUGGAAACAAAACCUUCGAGUCAUUUACCAAUGCUUUGUUUGGAGUGGUACUGCUGAGACCAGGAGACGCAAGGUGCGUCAGAGUGAUGCAGGAUGGACAGAGCUGGCCAAGUCGUGUAUCUGUCACAUGUGUGGCGCCCACCUCAACCGACUCCACUCUUGUCUCUACUGUGUCUUUUUCGGCUGUUUUACAAAGAAACACAUCCAUGAACACGCGAAGAACAAGAGACACAAUCUAGCGAUAGAUUUAUUAUAUGGUGGAAUAUAUUGUUUUGUGUGUCAAGAUUACAUAUACGACAAAGACAUGGAGCAGAUUGCCAAAGAGGAACAGAGAAAAGCCUGGAAAUUGCAAGGCAUCGGGGAGAAAUACACAACAUGGGAGCCGACCAAGAGGGAGCUAGAAUUAUUACGACACAAUCCAAAGCGGAGGAAAAUCACUACAAACUGUACCAUAGGUUUACGAGGGUUAAUAAACCUGGGCAACACAUGUUUCAUGAACUGCAUUGUUCAGGCCCUAACACACACGCCACUGCUGCGAGACUUCUUUCUCUCUGACAGACACAAGUGCGAGAUGCAAUCAAACUCCUGUCUGGUGUGUGAGAUGUCGCAGCUCUUUCAGGAGUUCUACUCGGGCCACCGUUCGCCCCACAUUCCCUUCCGGCUGCUGCACCUGGUGUGGACUCACGCACGUCACCUCGCUGGCUAUGAGCAGCAAGACGCCCACGAGUUCCUCAUCGCAGCAUUGGACGUACUACACAGGCACUGCAAAGGGGACACCAUCAGAGAUGACAACGGGAAGAAAGCCAACAAUCCAAACCAUUGUAACUGCAUCAUUGACCAAAUCUUCACUGGGGGCUUGCAAUCAGAUGUUACCUGUCAAGUUUGCCAUGGUGUUUCCACGACGAUAGAUCCAUUCUGGGACAUUAGUCUGGAUCUGCCUGGCUCAUCCACGCCUUUCUGGCCUCUCAGCCCAGGAGGGGAUGGCAGCACAGUGAAUGGAGAGAGCCACCUGUCCGGGUCCACCACACUCACAGACUGCCUACGCAGGUUUACGCGGCCCGAGCAUCUAGGAAGCAGUGCCAAAAUCAAGUGUGGCGGUUGCCAUAGUUACCAGGAAUCCACCAAACAGCUGACAAUGAAAAAGCUCCCCAUUGUAGCAUGUUUCCAUCUCAAACGGUUUGAGCACUCUGCUAAACUGCGGCGAAAGAUCACAACGUACGUUUCCUUUCCUCUAGAGUUGGACAUGACACCUUUCAUGGCAUCAAGUAAAGAGAGCAGAAUGAACGGGCAGUAUCAACAGACGGUUGAUGUUUUAAACAACGACAAUAAGUAUUCCUUGUUUGCAGUGGUGAACCACCAAGGCACAUUAGAGAGUGGCCACUACACCAGCUUCAUCCGCCAGCACAAAGACCAGUGGUUCAAAUGUGAUGAUGCUAUAAUCACCAAGGCCAGCAUUAAGGAUGUACUUGACAGUGAAGGGUAUCUCUUAUUCUACCACAAACAGUUCCUCGAGUACGAGUAGUCUCUGUGACCACUGACCGUGAAGAACCACUGCUUCUGAUGAGAGAGCCAAGGGACUGGGGACAGGACGAAAUACAAACACAAACCUACCUGAAACUCUGAAAACUACCAGUCUGCUCCUCCGGCUUCGGAGGACAAACAUAAUAAUGAUAAUACAAAAAAAACAACAACAAAAAAAAAAAAAGACGUGUGAAAUCAUGCAACCUUUCAAACAAAAAACAAACAAACAAACAAAAAAAAAAACAAGCACUGAGCUACUUCUUGGCAUCUACUUGACAAAACUGAAUGAAGAGGGGAGAAGGAGGAAGACGUCGUCAGCUCCAAGCUUAGACAGAGGGGAGAGGCCCCACACCUGCACUCUCUCUCCCUCUUCCCAUCCUGCUGCUGGGGAAAACUCUGAGCUAGACUGACCACCAUGUUGAUUGGACACAUCGGGAUUUUUCUUAACAGUAUUCUGACCCCACCCCCACCCAGUCACACAUACACAACACACAGCCUCCAUUUUCUCUCCCAUGGUGCUCUCGUUUCAACCGACCAAGCAUUUAACUUAAAUGUCACGAUGGAGGACGUGUCGUCAUAUGCACUUGGGACUGAACUAAGCGACGGAAGAAAACCUAUGAAAAAAAAACAAAACAAAAACAAAAAUAAAAUCAACGUAUUAUGAACUUUGCAAGGACAUUUUAAAGGUAUGGUUGUGAUUCUUACCAUUUGUGAAUUUAGUUAUGACAUACUGUAAUGACUCUCGUAUACAUCUAUUUUGAAGAGCAAAGAAAUCAUGGGAGAGCAUGGAAAUGCUGCCUUUGCCAGUUGCUGGGGAAGCGCUGCCAUGGAAACUAACACAUUUGGACCUGUGUGUGCUCAUGUUCCAUUAUUUACUGUGUUGAUUGUUUUAUUUUUAAGUCUGGUUGAGGGCAGGGAAUAUCUAUUUUUUUAGCAACUCAUUGAAGAGAUUUUGUUUACUGUUCUUUUCACUCUUUUUUUUUUUUUUUUUUCUUUCAGUACAGUCAUAUGUCCCUUGCUGUCCUGGUACUGGAAAUGUUUUUGGACGUGUUCGACUCAUUCUUGUGGAAUUGUUGGUAUAAUGAUGGUGAUGAUGAUUAAAUUGGCCCCUCUUUGCUGUUUAUAAACUGUACGUUGAACGUGA